ACCUACGAGUUCGUACGGUACCGUACCAAAAGGUUCCGUAGCACGAUACGACAGUGUAGAGCAUGUUCUGGUAGCGACGAUGAUGCACACGGGAGGUGACAACGGGACCUUUGUUGAUUCAGUACCAGCCGGGAAGCCUCAUUCCUCUUCCAAAGUAGAUCCCACGCGUCAUCAGAGAGACAAGGUGUURUAAGGAGGCAGCAAAUGAAACCGUUUGCCCGUCGGUCGAUGCCAGCACACCAGCCGAACGGAGUUUCGAUCGAUCUACGAAUAGUUGCCAAUUCACGCUCAAACACGCACGCAUAGGAUUCCCCUGGAUCCUUGAAAACACAAUACACCGACGAGGAACCGUCGUGACCAUCAUCUGAUCUCCGAUCCAAUCCCUUGUUCUCGUAAAUCCGUCGUUUCGGAUGGGAUCAUCGCAACGGGCAUUGCGGCGAUGGACAUCGUUUCUGUUAGCAAUAAAGAGUCUGCUCGUUUGCUCGAGCUCCGGUUUCGUUCCAGCGGGACUCGUGCCCCGGGGAAGAAACCACCAGCACUGGUGUUUGUUGCCGAUGGUACAUGACACGCAARCCUACCGUAUCGUUCCUGCGAACGGUUGUGCUUCUAGCACAGAAGGAUCCCGUCGGCGUUUGGGUUCUCCUGCGACGAGGCUCUUCGGACGGGGCAAGAAUCGUUCUUCCUCGUCACGACAGGAACCACCGCUGCCGYCGAUGCUGCGGUCCCUGUUUGRUUCUGCGUUUGGGGGCGGCGRCGAUGGGACCGGCUUUCUGGCGCAAUUUAMCGSGUCCCGAAAGAAGACAAGCGUGCUCGAGGCCGGCGCCGAGGCCGCUCUGGUCCUGGGAGACAAGCGACGGAGGAAGGAGUGGACCCGGGACGUGGGCCGGCAGUUCCCAUGGAUUCCGGCGGAGGUUCUAUCGGYGUGCACGGACGGGCUGGCGACCGCCUUUGCUAGCAUCGCUCCGAGGGACCUGAAGCGGGCGCUCCGGCCCGGUGGGCUAGAGGAAGCCCGGUCSAGGAUCGGUCGGGACCUCGUUCGGAGCCUUGAGGACCAGCCCGUGGUUCGGAACCUCCCACUGCCGASGGAAGACCGAAAGAAACUUCUCUCCCAGAUCGUCGGCCUCUCGCUGGAAUUCUUCCUCAGKGACCUGGAGUCGGCCAUGGCGGAACCCUCCGCCAAGCUGCUGGAGCUUGACCGUGAGGUCCGGGACCUCCAGGCCCGCAUGCCGUUCUGGAAASUCGCCUGGUACCGCCUGAGGCACAGGCCACGGUCGACCCUCUUUGUGGCUCUGCUCUCGCUGUGGAGCCUCUGCGCAACACUCGCGCUCGCCCGGCAACAUCCCGACGUUCCGGGAGUGCUCCUGCGGCGCUCUAGGGCGUGGYUCGUGUCCGCCGCCGGGAGCCUGUGGGCUCCGGCCGCGAAGCGCGGGGGCACCCGGUUUGUGCUUCGAGCACCGCCAUAGAUUCUGCGGUUGGGAGCGGUAGGAAGCCGCACAAUACGAAACGGAGCAGAGGGAGCGAAACGUGAAAAAAGAAAAAACCGAAGCGCUACACGACUCCAUCGGUAUCGAUUGAGAAGAAUCCCCUCGCCGGCAUUUCAUCUAAACAUCGAAUGAAUCAUUUUUGAUCCAUCGGGGCGAUACAUUGCUGUGAUUUUUUUGGGUGCGUUUCGAUAGAACGUAUAAGAUUCGAAAUGAUGCCGACUUUCUAUUUCAAGGUUGUUAUUCUAGUGUCGAUUUUCUUGGGUAGAAAAUAAAAUAGGAUKCACGGC